AUGGUGAAAAUCGCUCCGCCAUCGCCAGCGCCGCCACCUUCCUGGCCGCGCGCCGCUGCGAAGGUCAGAAUGAGGCGACAUGGACAGGGGCAAUACGGUGAUGCAGACAACUAUCCCAUGACGUCUGCCCAGUUGCAUCACUACCAGCCACAGCAAAGGGUUCAACAGCUCCCUGAUACUAGUUACCCUGGAAGAGAUCCUGGGCAGGCUGCUGGGGACAACCAGUAUACCGCCCAGAAGCCGAGACAGAGCCAAUGGGAUAAAGGUGGACCGAAUAUCCCGAAUCAGAUUUCACCGUAUGCAUAUAAUGAGGGUCAAGGUGCUGAGGGUACACGAUCCUUUUACGAUGGACAAAAAUCUGAUAUGAAGGUUGGUCUGGAAAAGCAACCAAGAAAGGAAUUGAGGGACCAGCCUCGUACUGAUAAGAUUGAAGCAAGGCAUCAAGAUCAUAAUCUUCCUAGCACAUUUGAAGGUCUAGAGCAGAAUUUUCGUGAAGACAUCGUGCUCCUAUGCAAGGAACUACAUGAUGCAGAGGAUGCUGAAAAUACUAGGCACAGGGAGGUACGUUUAAAGUAUUUUGCAUCAUUCUGCCUUGUUCUUCCUACCUGCCAAGAGUACACUAAUUGGACUAGCAGGUCAUUUCUUUUUCCUGAAAUCAAUCAUCGAUAUGUCCUACUACUGACAGGAAGUCCUUAUCCAUAUCAUGAGAGGACUUAUAGCAUAUGCUUUUUACUGUUUGAUUUCCCCCUAUUAGUCAACUGUAGCCUUUGGGUAACAAUUGCACAGGUGAAUGCUGGAAACAGAUAG